AUGACCUCAACAGCAACCACAACAUCCUCCAGUACUAUAUUCAGCUACAACAGCGCAGCAAUGGCCAUAAGCAGACUCAUUACCGUCUACGUUCAAGGCCCGGACUCGACCUAUCAAGCCGUCGCCCACUCCAUCCCCGCCAUCAAUCUCACGGUUGCCACUGGUCUCGCCCGAGCUCAACUCGGUGGUGAGGAGAACAAGAUCACUCGCCUCAUACUCCCGAGCACAAUUACGAAUAUCGAGACCGCGAAGCGUGUCUGUGCAUGGCUCAAGACCAAUGACCCCAAGGACUGGCGGCCUGUCACCAUCGGUGAACUCCAGAUUUCCGACUUCAACGACCUCGUCAUCGUCUACGCCACCGCAUACGCCAUGUUCAUCGAUCCCGAGAAGCGUGGCAACGAACUCCGUCAGGAAAUUGUCGACUACAUCCACGCCUCGCCCCUGACUCGCGAUGAAUUCGUCAUGAUUCUCGAGGUCCUCCACUUUGACGUCGGUUUGGCUUACACGGCGAAGAAUCAGAUCAUGCAUCUCUGCGUCAAGGGCAAGCGCGUCCAAUCUUCCACGAAACGCUCAGUUGUCUUCACCACCCCUGAGAUGGACCAGAUCGAGGCCUACUGCAAGGAGAAAGGUCUAUGGUGUGAAAUGGAGGAUCUGGAGGCUAAGAUUCGUGCGAAGAUGACGGCUAGAGAGGAGCUGAGGGCCAAUGAGCGCCGCGACAAUUCCGGCUUCCAGACCUAG